AUGGCGCCUACGGGAUUCCGCAAGAAAGUAGAGCCUAGCCCACCAGGCACGGCCCCGUCCACUCCAACCCCGAGUCAUGGGGAUCUAUCUCCCUCAAGCGGCAGACAACGUUCAACUUCGUCGCAAAGGGGGGGAUCUGGAGUGAAUCGGUAUCCCGGGACCUGGCCGGCCGGCUCCAGAGCUUCUAAAGCAGCGCCCGUUACCGAGGUUGCCCGCGAAAGCAUAUCAGCCAAGAAUGUAGCUAACAUCUCUUCCUCUUCUUCCCAUCUCCAUCUCGAUGACCAUCCGAAACAUAACCGAAAUCCCUCCCUCCAACUGACACGGCGACAAGCUGCGUCGAGCAGGUCUCUUCCCGCCAACGCGACGACAACUCGGGUCAACAUUGCGUCCGACGGCUCUUCAUCUACUCCAGCUGCGAAUACACAAUCAGAGUCGGCUACACAAUCUACAGAUAAGGAACAACCAAGCGAUAAGGGCGAAAAGGUCGUGGACACUGCAAAGGAGCAGCCGGAUAGUGUAACCGAAGCGACAGCUCCGAACAUAAGUGACGAAAGUGCGGAACCGAACAGCAAUACAGCACCUGCAACACAAACUGGUGGAUGGUUCUCGUGGCUCUACAGAUCAUCACCAACUGUGACAGAUACGACAGGCGGUUCCCAGGCGACAGAACCUUUGAUAGAAAACCCGCCACCGGAGCCGUCAACUAAAGACCAGACGUCGAAAAAGGAUACCAUUGAAACAAACAACGGAGUCCCUGAAGAGCAAACCACAAUAAAAACAGAUACCCCUGAAACUACACAAGUGACAGCGGCACCUCAAAGGCUUUCGUGGUUCCAGAUGUGGUACGGCUCACCCUCUUCGUCAAAAGCACCGGAGGAGCUCAAGAAGGAAGAAGAACCUGCAAAGGAUCUACCACCAAGUAUAGCUGAAGAACCAGCCGAGGCUGCACAAAACGAUACGCCAGUGCCUGAUGAACGACCUGAAGAACGAAGUGAUUCUCCCAAACCAGCUGCUCAAAAUUAUGGAUCAUCUGGCUGGUCGUUCUGGUUCCGGGACACUUCAAAGGAUUCUGCGCAACCAAAGACCCAAGAUAUCGAAACCGUUGAAGCCUCAAUAAAACAAGAUACAUCUUCGCAGCAGUCACCAGAGCCAGAACAAGAAGUGGAGAUCAAGAAAAAGGGGAUUACCAAGGUCAAGCCACCUAAAAGCAACGUUGGGUCGCCUGUUCUUCCCGAUAAAGUCGCAGCUCAGGUGGAGAUCGCAGCCGAUGCCGUACCCCCGAAGGCUCCUCAAACGGCUGCCUCGAGAAAUUUGCAAAAGAAUCUACCUAACCAUGUUCUGCCACGCUUUCAAGACACGUUUUCUAUACAAGAGUCACCGUCUUUACUACAGACACUUGGAAGUUUCUUACAUUAUAGCAAAAAACAGCAAAAUAAGCAUGCGUACAGAAUUCGAGAUCCGCCUCGCAUCCGAAAAGCCUUGGCUAUUGGGGUACACGGAUACUUUCCUGCUCCACUGAUACGAAGCGUUCUUGGUCAACCAACAGGCACUUCUGUACGAUUCUCGACGAUGGCGGCUAACGCCAUCAGAAACUGGACCGAGAGCCGCGGAUACUCCUGCGAUAUUGACAAGAUUUCACUUGAAGGCGAAGGCCGCAUUUCCGAACGCGUGGAUCUACUGUGGAAACUGCUAUUGAACUGGAUGGAAGAAAUCAGAAACGCAGAUUAUAUUAUGAUUGCAUGCCACAGCCAGGGUGUUCCAGUGUCUAUCAUGUUGGUUGCAAAAUUAAUAGCAUUUGGCUGCGUAAAUGCGUCGCGCGUUGGGAUAUGCGCCAUGGCCGGUGUUAACCUGGGACCGUUUCCUGACUAUAGAUCUAGAUGGAUUAGUGGAUCUGCUGGGGAGCUCUUUGAGUUUGCGUUGCCCCAUAGUCAGGUGUCUCAGGACUAUGAGGCUGCAUUAAAAUGUGCACUUGACUUCGGGGUUCGAAUUUCCUACAUUGGAAGCAUUGAUGACCAACUGGUGUCUCUAGAGUCGUCGCUCUUCUCGCCGGUAAAUCAUCCUUAUAUCUAUCGGGCUGUUUUUGUUGAUGGCCGGGUCCAUGCUCCUAGCUUCCUUUCCCAUUUAGUUGGAUUUUCCCUCAAGUUACGAAACCUUGGGAUAGCAGACCAUGGCCUCAUUCGGGAAUUGAGCGCACCGCUCGCGGGUAGUCUCUAUACUGGAGAGGGACAUUCUCGUCUUUACGAUGACGAAGCUGUUUAUUCUCUCGCCAUCGCAUUUGCUUUAGAGACGUCAGAUGUUAGCGGCGCAGCCCUACAAAUCAAGCGACCCCAAGGUUCACCAGUAGCAAACCCGUAUAUCCUCCCGUUCGCGAUGCGCGGUCUUCUGGAAGAAGAACACGUCAAGCGCGAGUUGUACGAGGAAACAGUGGAACUCCUGAAGCAAUUCGACGACUGGAAGCCAUCGAGCAAGGUGUUGAAGGACGUCAAGUUCCGCUUAGAAGGGAUCCGGUCGAAACUUUAA